AAAUUGUAGAAGUGAUUAUAAGUUCAGGAAAUCUGAACUCAAACUUUCCUGCUGCAAUUAAGCAAAUUCACUAAAAGCAUUUCGAACAUACAAACAGUUAAACGCCCGGAAUGGGAUUCAAAAAGCUGACAAGCAAAUGGAGCGGUAUUCACCGCGGCCGUAAGCGCAGUUAUAGCGAGCAAAAGACGGUACGCGGCUGGUAUAGAUAACCAAUGGCAGCAUUACCCGGUUAAAUAGAGCUAAUCGGUAUAGUCGGGAAUUUUAAAUGAAAGUUUCUUUUUCUAUCAUUACUUUAAUCUGUGACAUGUUGUGAGUCAAAAGGACGUGAUUUAAGCAAAGGACCCUCCCCUUUCUUUUAAUGACUGAGAACACAAAUUGUAUUUGGUAGACUUGCUACCCACGGAAUACAUAUCUAAUAUUAGAUGUACUGUGUCAACAUAGUGCAGCACGUGUAUGAGACGUCUCCGAAAUCCUAACUAUUCCUGCUUUCGUCGUAUGCUAGGAUUUUCAAAUAGACGUAGUGAAAGUGAACAUGGGGGACACCGAGCGACCGCGAAUUUAUCUUGAGGAGCAUAAAAUCAAACAGGACCCAAACGAUUGUGGGAUGGCAGAUGAACCAUGGGAUUUUGAAACAUUUAAAAAUAAUUUCCGAAUUGUCAUUGUCAGGUGUGAUUCAAUGGAAAUGGAGUUUGAUAUUAUUGGCGUUCACCCAGCCAUAGCAAAUGCAUUUCGCAGAAUUAUGCUUAGUGAAGUGCCAAGCAUGGCAAUAGAAAAAGUUUACAUUUACAAUAAUACCUCAAUUAUUCAAGAUGAAGUACUUGCGCACAGACUCGGUUUAAUUCCCUUAAAGGCCGAUCCUAGACUAUUUGAAUAUAGAUCUGAAGAAAAUGAAGAAGGCACUGAACAUGAUACGCUUGAGUUCGAACUAAAAGUAAAGUGCACACGCCGUAAAGAUGUCAAAGACUCAUCAAGUUUUGAUACGAUUUAUAAGAACCACAAGAUAUACUCGGGUCAAAUCAAGUGGAUACCUAAAGGAAAGCAAUCGGAAAUACACUCUGAAGUUAGUGUUGGCCCGAUUCACGAUGAUAUUCUCAUAAGUCAAAUGCGACCGGGACAUGAGUUCGAUUUAAAGCUGCUGGCAGUGAAAGGAUUGGGUAAAGAUCAUGCAAAAUUCUCUCCAGUUGCAACGGCGUUCUAUCGACUUCUCCCUGAAAUAAAGUUGAACAGGACAGUUUCAGGAAAGGAAGCUUUCCUUUUACAAAAGUGUUUUUCUCCGGGAGUUGUGGGUAUUGACGAUAACGAUUGUGCCUACAUCAAAGAUGCACGUUACGAUUCUUGUUGUAGAAACGUAUACAGGUAUCCACAGUUGAGCGAGGCUGUGACUAUGUCGCGAAUUCGUGAUCAUUUUGUAUUUAAUGUUGAAUCAGUGGGAGCUUUAAAGCCAUCCAUUAUAUUCUUAGAAGCUGUGAAAGUUCUAAAAAUGAAAUGUCGAAAGUUUAUCGGACAAAUAGAAUCUAUUUAAUAAUAAAAAUACGUU